AUGUCUCGAGAGAUUCUUAUUGAGAUUUCCGACCCAACAGUUCCACCAGCCGGUCUUGCGAUAUUUAAAACGACGUGUAUAGACAUUGGUGCGACGUACAGUUCAUUCAAGGAGUUCAAGAAGUUUUUACCGGUCUUGUUUUCGAUCUUCUGGUUCAUAUGUUGUGGGUAUUGGAAUAGUGUGUUUCAAGUCUUUGCGCAAGAGCGAUACACAAAAUGGCUUUCGAUGAAUCCGGACAUUCCGCGUGACUUAAUUCUUCCAGACUUUUUUUUCAAAAUUCUUCCGCAUCUCAAACAAUCGUGGAUCUGUGACGUAUACAUUGGUUCGUAUAUUGUCUUUUCGAAUUUCAGAUUUCUCUUUUCAAAGUAUCGCUCGUGCAUAGUGAAGCGCUACUUCUUAUUGAAUGGCGUUCUUUUCUUGAUGCGAUCGUUCUCGAUAUUCUUCACGAUUAUGCCGGACCCUUCACUCUCUCAAAGUGACAUCAAAUACAACCCAUUCAUUGAAGGAUUUUACUUGAUGUUUGGGAUCCAUAAGACUACUUAUGACUGUAUGUUCUCGGGACACACGGCUUCUAUCAUGUUAUGUACACUUAUGUGGCAUCAUUACGCUGGUGUUGUGCCAAUUCUCGAUGUGGAUGUAUGUGGAAAGUGUCGGAAAAUGGUUUCUAAGACGGGGUAUCCACUCGGGGUAUCACUCACUUCACUGUUCGCCUGGGUGUACUUUCUGUUCGGCGUGUUGCUCUUUUGUAUGACACAUUUGCACUACUUUGUUGAUAUAUACAUUGGUGGCGUCGUCACCUUUUUGCUUUUCAAAAUGUAUAACAAUUAUGUAACAACUAUGUACACAAGAGAUAACGCUUUUAACUCUUUCUUGAGAUGGUUUGAACAGGGGGCAUUCGACGUGACAGAUGUUGUUGGAGAACAACUCGACGAUGAAUUAAUUUGA